AUGGCGUUGAACGUGAAGCACCUGAACUCCGAUGCGUCGUUCCUACUCUCCUUCGAGCCUAUCAUCCCGGAGUCAGCCAGCGAAAGCGUGGUAGCUCAACCAUUCACAAUCCUCCUAGACCCAUGGAUCACAGGCCCCUCCAAGAUCUUCCACUCCAAGAUCUCCAUCUCCACCCACAAGCAUCCCGCCUGCAUAACGUCACUGGCUGAACUCGCGCAACCACCGGACCUUGUUAUCGUCAGUCAGCACAAGAGCGAUCACUGCAAUGAAGCAACCUUACGCCAGCUACCAUCGAGCGGCACGAAGACGCUGAUUCUCGCAGAGCCGGCAUCGGCGCGCGUCAUCAAGAGCUGGAAGUACUUCGACAAGGAGAAGAUCCGAACAAUCGAGCCAUGGAGAGACCCACGGUUGACAGGCAAGCAAUCCGUUGUGCGAAUACCCGUUCCGGCGUUGGUUCCGCGUGGUCAAGGAGGAGAGGUCACGGUUGCCUUCAUUCCACAGAAGCGCGACCUGACUGGUAUACAUGGUGCGAUUGGCAUCACGUACCGACCACCCCCAACGCAUAACCUGGCGCGGCCGGAACCCCGAGUCAAGAUCUUUACGCCGCCCACGACGCCCGACUCCCAGGCGCAAACCUUUACCGACGCCGAGACCAAGACACCGAUCCCCACACCGACAGGCGACACAUUCCUCCUCCCGCCCUCGCCGCCAGUUUCACCCCGCUCAUUGCGCUCUAUCCGGUCCGCCUCAACCUUGAUUGCGUCACCAACGCGACCCGUCCCGAGUCCUGGUUUUCGUCCGGCGACUGCCUCGAGCAACAGUGUAACGCAGCUCACCGGCAGCGCAACUGAGGCCAGCCGGCCGAUCUCUCUCCUCUUCUCACCUCACGGCAUCUCGUACCCCAACCUGGUGACAUAUGUCACCUCUCAUCUCGUCUCCGAGGCAGCACUGCCGCUGACGGCGCUCCUUCAUUGUAUGGACAGCAUCAACAAUCCUUGGUGGCUAGGGGGCAAUGUCUGCGCAGGUGCUCCUACCGGGGCCGAGAUUGCGGCGAGGCUAGGUGCUAGGAUAUGGGUGAGUGCUCACGAUGGCGAGAAAGACGUCCGAGGACUGGGCACAGGGAUGUUAAAGACCCGGCGAUGGAAACACGAGGAGGUCGAGGGAGCUAUCGACGCCGGUCAUACGCAUGACCAAGGUCGCGACCAACAACCCACCAGUCCUGAUGGCAUGCAAGAUUCGAUGCGCAAGGUGAAAAGAGGUGGCCCCGAGAUUAUGCGCCUUUGCAGCGGAGAGGAAGUCAUUGUCACUAGCACGGGCAUGAUUUGGCGCUCCGAUGACAAAGAAGUCGACGAACCAAGCUCAACUUCAGCGCCCAUUGCUAAAGCGCCAGCAAAGACUACUACUGCGAACGGUACUAAACACCAGACGCUCAAGGGUGAGAAGAAGGGCAUGAAUCAGGUAGUCUUGCCUAAGGUGCAGGAUGCCAUGUCGCCCAAGAAACUGGCGAUUUACAGAGCCCUGAAGACCAGGGAUUUGAUGAGGCCGUCACCGAAGUUCGUUCUGGAACGAGAAUCCGAACCCAAUUUGCCAGCUUUGCCGGAGGUCGAACCCAGCGUGGUUCCGGAACCGCCCGCGAUCGAGAGCAAGAAAACGGCGAAGAAGCCCGGCAUCGAGUGUGCUCGGAAGCGAGCCGCGAGCGAUGAUCGCGCUGUGCGGUUCGAGUUGACCACUUGA